AAUUCAUCUUUUCCUUUUAAUUUACAAUGUAAUAAAAAUAAAAUUCUUUUCAAACAUUGGUCAAAUUUACCAUCCUUGUGCCUAAAAUAAAGGGUUAUUGUUUAGGUUUGAAAAAAAGGUGUGAAAGGCAGAAAAAGAAGAGUAAAAAAGGAAUACUAAGGCAAUGAGACGCCAAAUAAGGAAGGAAAUAAGUUGGCAAACUUAAGACGCCAAUGGUUAUGGUUGCGGUUGUGGCUGCCCCUAAUUUAUGAUCCUUCCUUUUCUCAACCUUUCUUUUUUUUCUUUCCCUUUCCUUAUAAAUUUCCACAUCAAAACGUUCCCUCCGCCGCUGCACCUUUCUGAAUCCUUCUUCCCAACAAUAACAACACCCGUUCUUUUCUCUAUAUUCCCAUGGCUACCGCCAACAGAUGGUUAAAGCCCGAGGUGUAUCCUCUCUUUGCUUCUGUUGGUGUGGCUGUUGGUAUCUGUGUGAUGCAGCUUGUUAGAAACAUAACCACCAAUCCUGAAGUCAGGGUUAUCAAAGAGAGGAGAGCUGCUGGAGUGCUUGAUAACUUUGAAGAAGGUGAGAAGUAUGCAGAGCAUGGACUUAGGAAGUUCCUCAGAACAAGACCUCCUCAGAUUAUGCCUUCCAUCAACAAAUUCUUCUCCGAUCCAAACUAAAUCAAAUUCUGUUACUCACCUUUGAAAUUAGUUGUAGAUCGCCUGAUGUAUUUGUUGUCGAUGUGUAAGUCGAGUCUUUUCAAAUAAUGAAGUGCUAUUUAAACUGAUGGUAUAUAGGCUUCUUCUGUUAUGGCUGGAAGAAAAACAAAUGAAGCACUACUCAUAUAGCAUAUCUGAGAUGUAAGCUCAACUUUUUCUAAAUCAUGGAACGAUCUGUCCUUAUUUUUGAGAA